GCGGGGAAGGGUCUGGCGGUGCAGACGCGGGCCCUUUGGGGAGCUGAGUCCGGCACCGGGGAGUGGAUCCAGGAAGAGCGAGGAGGUCUCGCACAGGGAUCGCUCGGGUCCAGCUCCAAGCCUGCUCCCCACCAGGAGGGGCUUGCGGGGCGAAAGGGCUCUAGAUACGGGAUGGAGGCCCCGGGGAGCUCCUCCUUCUGACUUUCUCCUAGGUUCUGCCAGAAACUUCUGCAAGGGUGGUGCUGAGAGGGAUCCCUGGGGGCUCCCAAAGGCCCCAGCAGAGGCUGGGCAGAAGACAGGAUCCCAGGGAUUGGCCCGCCCCUGAUGCAGGUCGGGGAAAGGGGGGCGCCCAACCCCCCAGGCCCAACUGAGCUUCCCUGCCUUCAGCCCCGCGAGCCAAGCCGCGACCCGCGGCCUGAGUUGCCAGGACAACCACUGCCCGGGCCGGGCCCCGGGAGGGCUAAGAGGCGGUGCUUGGCCCCUUCCCCCUAGACGGGCAGGGGGCGGGGCUUCCCUUCUGACUGCGGACUAGAGGGGAGCCCAGAUUCCUAGGCGGCGGGGCAUUACUGUCCGGGGAGGCCUGGGAUCGGCUCAGGUCAAAGUCCCUUUUGCCACACAAAGGGGCCCCAAGACUAGAGUCUACAUUCGGAGGUGCAGAGCCAGAUCCAAGGCCUCGGAGUCCCACAGCACCUCCUUAUGGCCAAGCGGAGGAACGCCACCUCCUUUAGUCCCUCCCCGCCCCCACUGCCUGGUAGCUCAAGCUGUCCCUUUAAGAGGCUGGCGGCGCCGCGGAGCGAGGCGGACUGUACCACCGGCCUCGGGCCGUGGGGGAAGAUCUCAGGCUGACUGGUGCUCGCCGCUGAGACUCCAGCAGGAAGUCCUGUUCGGCGGGGCCUCAGGGCUCCAGAUGGGGGGGCCACGUUCUUCCGCAGAGGAUCUGGGGAUCCUCGAGCUGGAAACGCGGCACUGGCGGCGAGAAAGGCGGGCACACCUUCCCGCCCCAGCCGCAAGUCCUGCCCCGGGUCCACCUCCGCUCGGGAUUCUUAAAGGGCCCGCAGGCCUGGGGGCGGAGCCAGCAGAGGCGCCGAGCCGGGGCAGUGCCUGGGUGAACGGCCGGAGCGGGCUGGGCUGGGCCCGGGAUGGCGGUAGCCCUAGCGCGGGUCCGGGUGGCGCCCCGCGCGAGUUCCUGAGCUGGUGCCAGGCAGGUGACACUUCCUGCAACCCCCAGCAUGUGGGCAGGCCCAGGCCCCACUGUUAUACUGGCCCUGGUGCUAACGGUGGCAUGGGCCAUGGAGCUCAAGCCCACAGCGCCACCCAUCUUCACGGGCCGGCCCUUUGUGGUAGCGUGGGAUGUGCCCACACAGGACUGUGGCCCACGCCUCAAGGUGCCACUGGACCUGACUGCCUUUGAUGUGCAGGCCUCGCCUAAUGAGGGUUUUGUGAACCAGAACAUCACCAUCUUCUAUCGCGACCGUCUAGGGUUGUAUCCACGCUUCGAUUCAGCUGGGAGGUCUGUGCAUGGUGGUGUGCCACAGAAUGGCAGUCUCUGGGCACAUCUGAAGAUGCUGAAGAGACGUGUAGAGCACUACAUUCGGACACAGGAGCCUGCGGGGCUGGCGGUUAUUGACUGGGAGGACUGGCGGCCUGUGUGGGUGCGUAACUGGCAAGACAAGGAUGUGUACCGCCGGUCAUCACGCCAGCUGGUAGCCAGUCGCCACCCUGACUGGCCAUCAGACCGAGUAGUCAAGCAGGCCCAGUAUGAGUUUGAGUUCGCUGCACGGCAGUUCAUGCUGGAGACACUACGCUAUGUCAAAGCAGUUCGCCCCCAGCACCUCUGGGGCUUCUACCUCUUUCCUGACUGCUACAAUCAUGAUUAUGUGCAGAACUGGGAGAGCUACACAGGCCGCUGCCCUGAUGUUGAGGUGGCCCGCAAUGACCAGCUGGCCUGGCUAUGGGCAGAGAGCACGGCCCUCUUCCCCUCUGUCUACCUGGACGAGACGCUCGCUUCCUCUGCCCAUGGCCGCAACUUUGUCAGCUUCCGUGUUCAGGAGGCCCUUCGCGUGGCUCACACCCACCAUGCCAAUCAUGCACUCCCAGUCUACGUCUUCACGCGGCCCACCUAUAGCCGCAGGCUCACUGGGCUUAGUGAGAUGGACCUCAUCUCUACCAUUGGUGAGAGCGCAGCUCUGGGUGCAGCUGGUGUCAUCCUCUGGGGCGACGCCGGGUAUACCACAAGCACGGAGACCUGCCAGUACCUCAAGGAUUACCUGACACGGCUGCUGGUCCCCUACAUGGUCAAUGUAUCCUGGGCCACCCAGUAUUGCAGUUGGGCCCAGUGUCAUGGCCAUGGGCGCUGUGUGCGCCGCAACCCCAAUACCAAUACCUUCCUGCACCUCAGCGCCAAGAGCUUCCGCCUAGUGCCUGGACACGCACCUGGUGAGCCCCAGCUGCGACCUGUGGGGGAGCUCAGCUGGGCUGACCUUGAUCACCUGCAGACACAUUUUCGCUGCCAGUGCUACUUGGGCUGGGGUGGCGAGCAAUGCCAGUGGGACCGUAGGCGGGCAGCUGGAGGUGCCAGCGGGACCUGGGCUGGAUCCCACCUCGCCAGCCUGCUGGCUUUGGUAGCCCUGGCCUUCACCUGGACCUUGUAGGGGUCUCUUGCCUGGCUGCCUAGCAAGCUGGCCUCUGUCACAAGGGCUCUCCUGGGCAUGUAGGAGCCUGUAGGGGGUGGACAAACUCAACUCCACAGGGGGCAGAGCCCCUGGGAUGCCCAGCAGGACAUCUAUAUCAGCUCUCACCCCCCUGUUCUAAGGGGGAGGGGAAGUCCCCUGGGAGGUCCCUUCUCUCCUUGCCAGAGGGGACGGAGAAUACAGCUGGGCUGGGGAGGGCCUGACCCUACUCCCCUGCCCCUGGAUAGUUUAUUAUUAUUAUUUUGGGGUCUGUUUUGUAAAUUAAAUAUAAAACAACUGCU